AUGCCUGAACUUUCAACACAAAGAGUUACAGAAAAAGCCGAGUCUCUCGUGAAAUAUUAUACCAAUGAUUUAGAGGACGAUUUGAUUCAAGAGUGCAUUUUCAGUCACAUUUGCUCUGAUAAAACUGCAGAGUGUGCAGUGAAGCCUGGAUCAAACUCACUACUCAGUCUCUCAACGUUUUUGAGGAAUCAAUCUCUGUCUAAUGUUUACCCUAACUUGGAUAUAGCUCUUGGCAUUGCACUUUCCACUACGGCUACAAAUUGUUCUGGGGAAAGGAGUUUUUCCUGUUUAAAACGCGUGAAAAAUUAUCAAAGGUCUUCAUUGUCUCAAGAAAAAAUGAAUUCUCUAGCUCUACUCUACAUAGAAGCAGAGAUAAUGAACACCAUAAACUAUGAUGCAGAGAAAGAAAUGUUUUGGCCUGAAUGGCCAGCCCCCCAACCGUCAGGCAUAGGGCUUGAUACCCGUUAUCUAGCGAAUCCGCUGCCAAGAGAACCCAUCCCAUCUCCGCACUCCAAAAAUGAGCGGGGAAGAAGACCGUUUCGCUUGCUUUAUUUAUUUUUGAUAUUUUUACAUUGUCAGUUACAUGUUUGUAUAUCUUAA